AAACAAGUGUUUGGCCAAAUAUGAAAGCUGAGUGGAAACAGAGGCUGAAGUAGGGUUUUGGUGUGAUCGGAAAGGAAGGAGAAGGAACAGUGGUGGAAAGUGAGGGAUGGCAUGUUCAUCUUCGGCAUCGUUGGAAGAGGUGACGCUGAAAGUGAAAUGGAGUGGGAAAGAGUACACUGUGCGAGUUUGCGGAGACGACACGGUGGGUGAACUCAAGCGUAGAAUCUGCGAGUUAACCAAUGUUUUACCUUUUCGGCAGAAGCUUUUGUACCCUAAACUGGCUUCCAAACUCAACGAUGACUCUCUCUUCCUCUCUCAACUUUCUCUUAACUCGUCUUUCAAGAUGACUAUGAUCGGUACUACCGAAGAAGACUUGCUCGUGGAUCCCGUGGAGUCCCCUGAGAUUCUCGACGAUUUCGAGCUUCCUCAAGAAGAAGCUGUUGACAUCAAAGACAUGGAAGUCAAUAAACAAAAAUUGGCCAGACGCAUUAAUCACUUCAAGGUUCAGCUUCAAAAUCCCUGUCGCAAAGGAAAGAAACUACUCGUUCUCGAUAUUGAUUACACCCUCUUUGAUCACCGCUCCACUGCUGAGAACCCUCUUCAGCUAAUGAGACCUUACCUUCACGAGUUUCUUACGUCAGUUUAUGCUGAGUAUGACAUUAUGAUAUGGUCUGCAACCAGCAUGAAGUGGAUUAACCUGAAGAUGGGACAACUUGGGGUUCUGGACAAUCCUAACUACAGAAUCACUGCACUUCUCGAUCACUUGGCAAUGAUCACUGUUCAGACAUCUUCUCGUGGGGUCUUUGAUUGCAAGCCUCUUGGUUUGAUCUGGGCUCAGUUCCCUGAGUUCUACAAUGCUUCGAAUACUAUCAUGUUUGACGACCUUCGAAGAAAUUUUGUAAUGAACCCACAAAAUGGUUUGACAAUUAAACCAUUCAGGAAGGCUCAUGCCAAUCGAGAUACUGAUCAGGAGCUUGUGAAACUUACCCAAUACUUACUAGCAAUUGCAGAGCUUGAUGACUUGAGCAACCUUGAUCAUAAUAAUUGGGAGUUAUUCACAGAGGACAAUGCUAAAAGGCGUAGGCACAGUUAAGGGAUAAUUGAAUCCAAUAACGAGAAUCUGGCGAGCAAGAUGCUGCUUAUAAACUAGCAAAAAACUGCAGUUCUAUAAGAGUCGUUGUUCAGUCAGAGGAUUUCAAUUUUUGUAUCAAGUAUUUAAUGUUAGGACAGGAGAAUGGCAGAAAGAAAGGAGUUUCUUGUAGCAGCCUUUUGGAGUUAGCUUAGAUGACAUAUAUUGCUCAUGCAAUUGCUAUCUUCAAUUCCUGAACAGAUUUUGAUUUGAUGCAUAUGAAGGUUCUGUUUUCAUAAUUUGUUGAGAAAUGGGUAGAAAAGCUUGGAUAAUUUGCAAAUGAGAAUGAAUAAUUGUGUGACAACUGUAACUAUUAUCCAAAGCGAUAAAUUGAUUCUUAUUCUCGACAAUGUAUUAUAUCUAAAAUCAAUCACUUUCUGAAGUGUUUAUUGGCCUACCAUAUAAACUGUCUUUGUUAUUGUAUUUCAUGCUUUAUUAUCAGAAAAUGUCUUCUGG